UUGAAUCUACGGCGGGGCCAUGGGGCGCGGGCGGACGUUCUGGGGCUGCGCGCUGCUGCCGGGGGGUGCGGAGCCGCCGCCGAGACCCCCACGGCGCAGCGCCUCCCCUGAGCUGCAGCCUAGCCCGCCGCUGCUGUCGGAGCCCUGCGGGGGAGGAGCGGCCAAGGGCGGUCCGUGCUCCAACCUCUGGCUGUGGAGAGCUCUGGCCCUGCUCCUGCUGGCAGCUGUCCUGGCGCUGGGGCUGGCGCUGGCGCUAAGAGGAGCCGUCACAGAGACUGUGAAUGGUCGUGCCACUGCUGUGACAAGGGAGUGCAGACCCUGCCCCGAAGACUGGAUGUGGUACAGAAAUCAGUGUUACUAUUUUUCCAAUGAAAUCCGAGACUGGAACACCAGUAGGAAGUUCUGCUCCUCACACAAUGCUAUACUUCCUAUAAUAAAAGAAAAAUCGGCACUGGACACUAUCUACUCUAAUAAAGGGGAAGAAAAUUACUGGAUAGGUCUAAGGAAAGAACCAGAGGGAUGGCGGUGGGUAGAUGGAUCGCCUUUCAUUAAUGACACAAUUUCAUUGGAAAAAGAGGGGCAAAACAUGGCCUGCGCAUACCUAAAUACGCUGGGUUUGGCUGCUAUCGACUGCAUGUCUUUGAGGUCUUGGAUCUGCGUCAGGAAUUCCACUUGAACAAGCUGUGCUCUGCUGACUAAGAGAGCUCAACAAUGGGCCACUGCUUCAGAAACACUAAUGAUGAUGCUGGUGCAGAAAGGGGGGAAGAGACCAAAGGGAGAACUCCCAACUUUGCUUUCUGUUCCAAGGGCUCCAGCUGUAAUAUGGACUGUUAAGUGUCAGACUUGAAGACUUUUUUAAUAUAUUUGGAAGAAGACUUGCAGCACAUGUUGUGAAAAAACACCUAAUUUAGAUUAAGAGAAUUUAAGAUUGUUUUUAUUUUUUUUAAAAAGAGUCAACCUUGAUGUUCCUAUUUUGUAUAUUAAUGUUUUGUACUUUUUAUGCUAAAUGGCCAAAGUGGA